AGGUGGAGGCAUGGCUCGGGCCAGCAGCAGGAACAGCAGCGAAGAGGCCUGGGGGGCACUUCGGGCGCCGCAACAGCAGACGCAGUUGACUUUACCUGUAGCCUCGUAGACCCCAUCUCCUGGCUGCAGUGCAAGCCUGCAGUGGCUCUCCAGUCACCAGAGGCGUAGCGAAGACCCCAGGGAGGCUCCCUCUGUCUUGCAGCAGUUAUUUGUGAUGUUUUUCUAUGUGCCUAUCGUCACAACAGAGUCCGGCAGCAUCUUCUCUUGAGGGAGCAAUUUGGAGACGAGCUGGAACCCAGACUCGCGCCCUGGAUGCCAUCCUUUACCAUCCACAGCAAUCCCAUCUGCCUCGAGAGCUGUGCCCAGGGGUGAACACCCAGCCCUACCUCUGCGAAAGUGGUCGCUGCUGCGGGGAGACCGGCUGCUGCACCUACUACUAUGAGCUCUGCUGGUUCUGGCUACUCUGGACGGUCCUAAUCCUUGUUAGCUGUUGUUGCGCCCUCCGCCACAGAAGAGCUAAGCUCAGGCUGCAGCAGCAGCAGCGGCAGCGGGAGAUCAACUUGUUGGCUUACCAUGGAGCAUGCCAUAGCACUGGCCCUGUUCCUACUGGUUCACUGCUUGACCUUCGCCUCCUCAGCUCCUUCAAACCCCCAGCCUAUGAGGAUGUGGUUCAGCACCCAGGCACACCGCCACCUCCUUACACUAUGGCCCCGGGUCACUCCUUGACUGCUUCCAAUGAAUGCACCUGCUGCUCUUCCGAAUCCAGAUGCUCUGCCCACUUGGAGGGGGCAAAUGUAGGUGGCUCCUCCCACCAGAGUGCUCCCCCUCAUCAGGAGGCUGAGCCCGUGGCAGGGCUAAGCCCAGUCCACAUUACCCCCUCCUGCCGCUACCGUCGCCUGACUGGUGACUCAGGUAUUGAGCUCUGCCCUUGUCCUGACUCCACUGAAGGUGAGACAGUCAAGGAGACAAGGGCUAGCGCCACCCACCCAGACCCAGAGGCCCCUCCCUUGGAGCCAGCCUCCAGUCAUGAGGGCAUCCCAUAAGUAGUUUCAGGAGGGCACUGGGUGUUGCUUGGCCACCAGGGACAGCCCUGGUCUCAGAUGCAGCCCUCUUCCAUGUGGGUCCCUUCCCGCCCUCCUAGCAUAUGCCUGAAAGGGCUGGAGCCCUAAAGAGGGGCAGUACCGAGGACUGUGCUAUCUUCACUCACUCCCCAAACAUACACAGGAGCCUUUACUCUCAUUAAAGAGACAUGAACCAGC